AGUAAGGACUAAGGAGGGAAUUUGAUUAGUUUCUGUUCUCAGUUGCAGUCUUGCAGAGAAGCAGAGCUACUUCUCCGCCUCCAUCUCCUUUCUCCGCCGCCGGGAAAGCUACACUAAGUUCCGCUGCCGUUAAUUCAUCGGGAAGAGUUAUGGCAAUGAACCAUAUAAGGUCCUUGAGGAGUGUGGUGAUUAGUAAAGAAGUAGUCGGAGUGAGAACAUUUGCUGCGGCAGGUGGUAAGGCAAAGAAGGGAUCAAAGGGUGGGGCUUCUGCAGAUGCACCAAAAGCUUCGAGUCUUAGUAAAGAAGUGAAGUCUUCGACGACUGUUGGUGCCAAUAUUCUUAAGGAUGGUACAGAUCCUAAAGUGAUGGUUGAUGCAGAUUACCCCGAUUGGCUAUGGCAUCUUCUCGAUAAGCGUCCAGCGUUGAGUGAGCUGAGAAGGAAAGAGAAAGAAUCUCUGCCGUAUGAAGAUCUGAAGCGCUAUUUCAAGCUGGAGACACGGGCUGGCAUCAAGGAAAACAACUCUAUUAAGGCCAAGAAUUAAUGUUACGGGAUCUGUGAAGCAGGUGUUCGUGCUUUCAUCAUAAAGGUCCGUUUCUUCUGCAGGAUUAGUAUCAGGUUUGAGUCUUUUGUAUGGUCUAUGGAUAUGAAAGAUAGAACUUGGGAGCUUUUUCAAUCUGAUGCUAUCAGUCAAUGUCCCUUAUUAGUAUAUUUUUCUCUUAGCUGUUGAUUAUGUAAGGACCCAUACCUUGGCUGAAACUGGUCCAUUAGUUGACUGGACAAUGCUGAAAUCCCGGGGUAGAAACUGUUUCUUUCACUCAACAAUUUCUCCUAGGUGAAAAGUAAGAGAGUUGCAAUGAUCAUAAAUGUAUAUUGAGUAUCGUCCAUUAGCAAGCAAUUGAUGCCUUACCACUUUGGGUACACAUAUCUGUUUGCCUGCCCCAAACACUAAUUACCUUAGUG